AUGCUGUCUUACAGCGUGCUGGACGCCAACGUGGUGGACGUGGAGAAGAGAAGGAACCCCUCGAAGCACUACGUCUAUAUCAUCAAUGUAACAUGGUCAGACCUGACCUCCCAGAUCAUCUACCGGAGAUACAGCAAGUUCUUUGACCUGCAAAUGCAGCUUCUGGACAAGUUCCCUAUUGAAGGAGGCCAGAAAGACCCCAAGCAAAGAAUCAUCCCUUUUCUACCAGGUAAGAUCCUGUUCCGGAGGAGCCACGUCCGAGAUGUAGCUGUGAAAAGGCUGAAGCCCAUUGACGAGUACUGCAGGGCACUGGUUCGACUUCCCCCUCACAUUUCACAGUGCGAUGAAGUCUUCAGGUUCUUUGAGGCUCGCCCAGAAGACCUCAACCCUCCAAAAGAGGACUAUGGAUCUUCAAAGAGAAAAUCAGUUUGGAUGUCCAGUUUGUCUGAGACUCCAAAAAAGGGUGUCGCUCCAGGUGCUGAUGCUAGCUCUGAACCCAUGAUCCUGGAGCAAUAUGUGGUGGUGUCCAACUAUGAGAAGCAGGAGAACUCUGAGAUCAGCCUCCAGGCUGGAGAAGUUGUGGAUGUCAUAGAGAAAAAUGAAAGCGGGUGGUGGUUUGUGAGCACUGCAGAAGAGCAGGGCUGGGUCCCUGCUACAUACUUGGAAUCCCAAAAUGGAACCAGGGAUGACUCCGACAUCAACACAUCCAAAACUGGGGAAGUUUCUAAGCGACGCAAGGCUCACCUGAGGCGCCUGGACCGGCGAUGGACGCUGGGCGGGAUAGUCAACAGGCAGCAGAGUCGAGAAGAGAAAUAUGUCACUAUCCAGCCGUACGCCAGCCAGGGGAAGGAUGAGAUUGGGUUCGAAAAAGGGGUCACCGUGGAGGUCAUCCAAAAGAACCUGGAAGGAUGGUGGUACAUCAGGUAUCUUGGCAAAGAGGGCUGGGCCCCAGCUUCAUAUCUGAAGAAGGCUAAAGAUGAUCUUCCAUCUAGGAAAAAGAACUUAACUGGGCCAGUGGAAAUCAUAGGAAACAUCAUGGAGAUCAGCAACCUGCUGAACAAGAAAUCCACCGACAAGGAAACUCAAGCAGAAAAUGAGACCUCAGAAACACACAUCACCAAGAAGGAAAUCAGUUUGCCCAUUCUUUGCAAUGACUCUAAUGGUAAUGCCAUGAUGACACCAGACAAGCAGGCUUCCAAACUGGCCCAGGGAUCUCCAGCCAUAGCAAGGAUAGCACCACAAAGAGCUCAAAUAAGUUCUCCGAAUUUAAGAACAAGGCCGCCCCCACGAAGAGAGUCCAGUCUGGGUUUUCAGUUGCCCAAACCACCAGAGCCACCCUCUGUGGAAGUGGAAUACUACACCAUUGCAGAGUUCCAGUCGUGUAUCUCUGAUGGGAUAAGCUUUCGCGGUGGACAAAAAGCAGAGGUUAUAGAAAAGAAUUCUGGUGGCUGGUGGUAUGUGCAGAUCGGAGAGAAGGAAGGAUGGGCUCCAGCAUCUUAUAUUGACAAGAGGAAGAAGCCAAAUUUAAAUAGAAGAACUAGUACUUUAACCCGCCCAAAAGUUCCUCCCCCAGCACCACCCAGUAAACCUAAAGACUCUGAAGAAGGAACGCCUGGAGUGGUUUCUUCAGGGGAUACCCAGGACUCUCCCCACAAGCUCAAAUAUGAAGAACCUGAGUAUGAUGUUCCUGCCUUUGGCUUUGAUUCAGAGUGUGAAGUAAAUGAAAGUCAUCGUGAAGAGGGCACUCCUGAAAAACGACUAUUUCAGCCCCUCAAACCCUCUCCUGUGUCAUCACUUCAGAAAGCAAAGUUCAAAGUAGGAGAGUCUUCAGAGGAUGUUGCUAAUGAAGAAGAGACCAUCUACGAGAAUGAGGGAUUCAGGCGUUAUGUGGAAGAUGCUUUGUCCAAUAAGGAAUCUAGUGGAGACUCUGAUUCUCAGAAAAGCUCCUCUCUCUCCUUGAUUCGAAGGAACUCUCCAUGUUCCAUCUCUCCUAAAUCAUCGUUUGUGAAGCCCAAGAUGGAAAAAGACAUUCAGCCCGAUCUUGGAAAAUGUCACUAUUCCAGGAGUGAGGAGACAAAACCAAGAUCAGCUUCAGAUGUUGGCUUACGUAGCAUGCCAAGAACAGGCAUGAAGAAAGAGCCUGGGCAGAGUCCUUCCAUUAGAGCAAAACCAAUUGUUAGGCCCAAACCAUUCCUGAACAAGGCAGAUUCUCAGAGUCAAGAAAAGAUGGAUAUCAGCACUUUAAGGCGUCAGCUGAGGCCAACUGGGCAACUCAGAGGUGGACUUAAAGGUUCAAGAAGUGAAGAGUCUGAAAGUCCACCACACACAGCUUCUGAAAACCACGAUGAUCACGUUAGGAGGGGCUCAGCUGACCUCAUUACAGCUCCUUCCCGUGGCAUUUUCUGCUCUAGCCAUCCCACCAAAACUGAGCAAGAAAAUGAUUCCAGGUGUUUCUAUGUGACCACUGACUCAUACCAGAAAGUACAGGAUUCUGAAAUUUGCUUCCCAGCAGGUGUAGAAGUGGAAGUGCUUGAAAAGCAAGCCAGUGGGUGGUGGUACCUGAAAUAUGGAGAUAUGGAAGGCUGGGCUCCUUCCCAUUACUUGGCUCUCCCUGAUAACCAGCAAGAAACCAUGUCAACAGAGACCGACACCUCAUUUGCCAGAAACAGGAAAAAUGAAAACAAAUCAAACAGCUUAGAGAAGAUAGAGAAGAGGGUUCAGGCUUUGAACACCAUCAACCAGAGCAAACGUGCAACACCACCCAUCCCAAGCAAACCUCCAGGUGGAUUUUCAAAAACAUCAGGACCCGUAAAAAUGAGGAAUGGUGUGAGGCAGCUUGCUGUCCGGCCUCAGUCGGUGUUUGUGUCUCCCCCACCUAAGGAUAACAACUUGUCAUGCUCCUUGCGCAGAAAUGAGUCUUUAACAGCCACAGACCAUCUUAGAAAUGUUCGUCGGAAUUCUUCCUUCAGUAAUGCGCGGCCGCAGCCUGGUGAUGCGAAGGGAAAGCAGUCUGAGAGGUCAGGCUCUGAGGGUUCAGAGACCACCUCCAACCUCCCAACCCAGAGGAACGGGAUCCCUGUGUCCACUGUCAGGCCAAAGCCCAUUGAAAAAUCCCAGUUCAUCCACAACAACCUCAAGGACAUCUAUGUUUCGAUUGCAGACUAUGAAGGGGAUGAGGAGACUGCAGGGUUUCAAGAAGGUGUCUGCAUGGAGGUCCUUGAAAGGAACCCAAAUGGCUGGUGGUACUGCCAGAUCAUGAAUGGUGUGAAGCCAUUCAAGGGCUGGGUGCCCUCAAAUUAUUUGGAGAAAAAGAACUAAUAUUACAAUAUCUUUAACCUCCCUAAUUUAUACUGUUCCUGCUGUGUACACGUGGAAAAAACAAUUGCUAUACAAAAAGACCUUUCCCAUGUGUCCCAGUUUGUACAAAGGGACAAAGGAGUCUAUGCUGAGGACAAAUCUGCCAUGUUCUGGAGAGGUUUGUGGGGUUAACAUGUUGUAAGCAGCUAUGAGGAAGAUGCAGCAGUCAACUGCCUUUUUGUGAAGUUGUUAAUAAUAUUGUAUGUGUAACAGGGUAUGACAUCCCAUCUUUCCCGUUAUUGAUAGGAAACCAAACGUGUGCCUUUCGUGAGAGAAAUACACAUGCAUCUCAACUUGGGGAGUUCUGUGCCAAACUCUUACAAUCUUGGCUCCCUUUUCUCCUCAUUCUUGUCCAUACGUGGAAUACCCAAGAGUUUUGGAUGUGUUUCUACAACUUGCAGUGAGAAGCAAAUGGAAUCUUCUGAAACACAGAGGGACUCUAAUCCUUUGGAGAAGCUUUUUUUUUUUUUAUUAUUCUCAACAGUUGGUUGGUCCAGAGUUGGAGCCUUUUCAUCGUGGAGAGAUUUGGUCUCUGACUUCAGCUGUGUUUUGUUGUUACUGCUAACUCACCCGAAAUGGCAAUCAGGUGGUGCUGGUUGGGGGGGGCUCCUUGUUUCCUUUCUUUCUGUCUUGUUCUUUGAGUUGAUUUCAGGUGUUCUAGGGCAGCAAUGCCUACUGGUGCUUGUAAAGACAAACUUACAAACCCUAUGCUUAAGCACGUUUAUUACUUUGUAGGCUCCCUAUUUAGUUCUGUGCCUGACUUCUGCCAGGAGAUCCUGGUUGAGUAUCUUUACAGAGAGAGUUUCUCAAAACUUAUCAUAAUAUCAAAAUAUACAAAAGUCCCUUAAGACACUGAAGACAUGGCUGUCAAAUGCGUUGCUUCUGCUUUUUUUUUUUUUGCAAUCUGGUCCAAAUCCAAGCAUACUGACUGCUAGCAGGGCCCACAAAGGUAUUAGAAAUAGCUCUAACCUUCUGCAACAUCAGUGUUUACAAUGAGGGGGAAAAAAGCCAUCAAACUCGGUCUGCACAUCCUUAAUUUGUAUAUUUUUGGGGAAUGGUUUUUCCGUGUUUUGUUUCUUUUCUGUGCAUUCUGGGUUAACAUUCUUUUUUUCUUUUUUUUGAUCUUGGUUUACCAGAAGAGACUUAAAACUGAAGUAGGAGCCAAAUAUGUGUUUCUGUUCCCACUUGAAUCCAAGAAGUACACUUGUACUGGAAAGUGUGCCGGGGCUUUUCAGGCACAGAGAUUUAAUAUCAAAGCAAUUAAGUCUAAAACACAUUAACCAGGAAGCUGCCUCUUUUAGUUCCAUUUCUGUUUGCUUUUUUUUUUUUUUUUUAACUCCUGCUUUGAAACGCGGCAUCUGGUGGAGAUAGUGUGGUGGGAAAUAGGAGAGGCAUCCAUUGGAGAAGGCUUGGAAUAUGGAGUUAUUCUUGAGGUAGCCAACUCUUGUACUGUAAACAUUGUUGGCCAAAUCCCUACUGUACUUGAGAAAGUCUUGCUUUUUUUUAUUUUUAAAAUGGUUCUGUUAAUCACUCAAAAUCAAAAUCUAAUACUUUUAAAUAAUAGGCAGUAUUGUAUGUCUGUUUUAAGGGGAAGAGGCAUACUAUUUCACUACUGGUUUACACAAAAAGAUACAUGCCCUUUUUUUCCACCAGAGCUUCAUACCAAUUUGGCUUGGAAGGUAAAGAUUACAAAGACUUUAAAAUAGCUGGGAUCAAGGGUCUGAGUAAAAUAGCACAACAAUAUUGUGUGUUACCGGGGAUGUUUCUCUGCCAAAAAAAAAUUAUACAAUUUAUACGUUGUUCUUGUCUUUAUUCUUAAUUUUUUUGGGGGGGGGGCUUGGGGUUUUUAAUUGCUAUGGUAAUACUGAGAGAGUUGCCUACAGCUAAUCUGUCUGAUGUCCUUUAGGUGGCUGAAACAACAUCGAAGUGCCACAACUGGCUACAGACAGUGCUGUGGUCCGAGCAGCUCUCAGAAUCCAGACAGGGAGGGGAGGGUGUUUGGGAUCCCUUUAAAUUGUGGUGGCAGGAGAAGGAGGUGUAUCUGCACAACAGCUCGUAUCAGUGUGCAGGGUCCUCUUUGUACCUUACAUCUUACUAUAUAAUAUAUAUGUAUGUAUCCAGUUGGCUCCAUCUUACUGGAUGUCUAUCUGAGGCAUUGUGGCCCUGUCUCAUACUUCUCCCCAUUUUUAGUUGUACUAAUAUGGUUGCAGCCAUAAAAGACUGCUGGAGCUGUUGUGAGAUUAUAAUAGAAGUAUUAUAUUCUUCUGCUGGACAGUAUUAAAUAGAGCAAUACAUAGAGUUAUCUGCUAGACUGCAGUACUAAUAGUAGUGACUUAGUGACUUGUAUUAAUGUUAUGAUUUAUUUUAACAAUAAUGAUGCGGAAGUGGUUCAUUAUUUUGAAUUAAUGCACUUUAACAAUACAAGAAACCAAAAUGGAAGCCAAUGCAGAGAACUAAGUGCAUUAUUUAAAGGUGCAGUAUAUAAUUAUCAUUUUCUUGAAGCACAUAUUUAUUAAGAAUUAACUUAUUAUUUAAAAUAUUCUAAAGUUGUUUAGAGACAUUCCCACCAAGUCGUCUCUUUGGGGGGAUGUAGAAGCACAGCUCCCAGAUCUUCUGCAUUGAGCCACUGAAUUCUCUGAGUAUGGUGCAGAGUGAUGUGAGCCCCCCACCCAGGGAGAGGAGAGCAGUGCACAGUUCAGAUGGGAGAGCCCAACUGCAAUGAACAGUUGCACUUGCAUCCAGCAAAGCUGAGCCCAGAGCAUCUCUGAGCUGCAGGAGUCCUUGUACAGUCUGAGAAGGAAAAGCUGCUUUUUGUGGCCAUUUGUGAUGCUAGGUGCCACAUGCCUUGCACGAUGCUGGCUGGCACAGAUGGAUGGUGCCUGUGUUAUCACCAGGCUUUUCUCGAGCAUCAGCCCAAUGCACACACUGGCCCAAUUCCUCCUUCAUCCCAUCUUGAAAGCUUUGUGGGGGCUGAGGAAAGCCAGAGCCAAUAGAUGAGGCUGCAAAGCCAGUGCUGUUGUCGCUGUCCCUGCCCUUCUUUCCCACCUGCACCCACAGAAAAGAUGGGUGCAAAUUAGCUGCUUGUUAGCAAUGAGUGAGGGCUGCUGCCUGGCACACUGGGCUUCACACCCAGAAGGAAGGCUCUGGUUUGGGCUUCCCUUUGAUGCUUGUACUUUAAAAGGGCACUGCCAAAGCAAAUACCAUACCCCAACAGCCCCCAAAACUACAGUUGUUGUUUUUUCUUUGUCCUCUCCUCUUGCUGUCAUCACAGGUGAUUUAUUUUUGUUAUUGUUUUAUUCUUUCAACUGAAAGAUAUCAGGUCAAUUUUUUUGUUUUUUUUUUUUUCCAUUGGCAAGCAGCUAGUUCCCCAAAAUUGCAAGCCAUUUUCCUUGUUAGCUGUGAAACAGAGGGAAAGGCCCUAAAGUCCAUCAGAGAAGCUGACAGCAGGGCAGAGCUGGAAGUGGGGCUCAAAGGACAGUGCAGUGCUGGAAGCGUUUUAGCUCUUCUCUGAAAUGUUCAUGUCGCCUUAAGCUUUAUUGACUAAAUCUGUCAGAACUGACACUGGAUCAAGAGCAAUAUUUAAACAUAGCAUACACCUCAGUGGGCACUCAAUGCAGAAAUCAGUAGUACUGUUUAAAUCUCCCUCUUUCUGUCUGUUCUUGAACCAGAUGGAAGAGGAAGAGCUCUGCGGGGCCCCGGCCAUGCCAACUGCAGCAGAAGGGAGCCCUUGUCCAGGGGAGAGGCGGCUGCUGUCACCACUGCCCCCCCCCGUCCCAAAAGCCUUGAAUU